AUGAGGGUCUCUGUGCUGAUCUCAUUCUUGCUGGGAUUACGAUCCGCAUCGUGCACUUUACAUGUAUUACAGAAUGAAACAACAAUCACGCUUUCCAACGAUCGACUUACGGCAGUUCUCCAGAAGGAUGCUGGCCAAGUGGUCGAUCUAUUUCUAGAUGGUCAGGAUUUGCUGGGUCCUCAAUCAGGGUCAACCGGGAUCGGUCCCUACCUGGACUGUUAUUGUGUACCUUCAGGGUUCUACACCGCAGGUGCGACAACUCCGUCGAUGAAGAUCGUUCAAGGGGUAGACUCGACAGGGACCACAUAUGGAGGCAUGAUUCUUACUGAUACAUAUACGCCAACUGGCCAGCAAUUUCAACAAUACUGGUUUUUGCGCGACGGAGAGACGGGAUUACACAUGUUCAGCCGAUUAUCAUAUUACAACCAGACGACUCCACUUCUCAGGAAUCUGCAAGAGCUUAGAACACUAUUCCGUCCAAAUACAGAUCUUUGGACUCAUCUCACAUCUAGUGAAGUUCAGACUGCCCCAUUACCAAGCAAGGAUGCGAUUUCGCAAGAAGAAGUUGUUCAGGAUGCAACAUGGACCUUUCAGAGCACACCAGAUGAUGCCUAUUACACGCAAUUUUCCGAGUAUUUUACGAAGUAUACGUUUUCUUACCCAUGGAGAAAUAAUAGUGUCCAUGGCCUUUACGCAGAUGGAACAACAUCAUCUGGGACUACUUAUGGGGCAUGGCUUGUUAUGAAUACCAAGGACACCUAUUAUGGGGGCCCAAUUCAUGCCGACUUGACGGUAGAUGGCAUUGUCUACAACUAUCUUGUUUCAAAUCAUCAUGGUGAAGGAACGCCAAAUAUCACUGAUGGAUUUGAUAGAACUUUUGGACCUCAAUACUACUUUUUCAACGGAGGUGAAGGUUCUACAUCUCUUAAAGACCUACGGGCAGAAGCGGAAUCUUUGGCAGAUCCAGAGUGGAACUCGGAAUUUUACGAUUCCAUCGCAAAACAUGUUAUCGGUUAUGCCCCUUCCCAUCAGCGAGGAAGUGUAAGGGGAAAACUAAAACUACCGAAUGGGGCUGUUCGACCUAUUGCCGUCCUGACUGCCAACGGUCUCUAUUUUCAAGACAAUAGUGCAGCGUCAAGCUCAUAUCAAUAUUGGGUCGAUAUAAGUCCCGAUGGCAGCUUCUUCAUUGAUCGGGUUAAAGAAGGUGAAUAUCGACUGACAGUUUAUGCUGAGGGUAUUUUUGGCGAUUUUGUUCGGGACAAUAUCGUCGUAAGCCAACGCGAGGAAACGACGAUUGGAGGAUUAUGGAAAGAAGAGUCGGCCGGAAUAGAAAUAUGGAGACUGGGGAUUCCUGACAAAUCUUCUGGUGAAUUUCGACAUGGUAAUGCCCGGGAUUCGACCCAUCCCCUCCAGCCCCCCGAGUACCUCAUUUACUGGGGUGCAUACGACUGGUCAAAAGAUUUUCCAGAAGGGAUCAAUUACACUAUUGGUGCCAGUGAUCUGGCAAUGGAUUUCAACACUGUACAUUGGUCCGUCUUUGGCCCAAUACCAUCAAACCCAGACGUGGAAUAUAGUACGACCUAUGACUGGAUGAUUCAUUUCGAGUUAGAAUCCAAACAGCUUCGCAACAGGCACACUGCUACGCUCACAGUUCAACUUGCUGGCGCAAAAACAGCCGCUGGGAAUACUGACGUAUGGAAUAACAACGAGACGUACAAUAAUUUGUCUCUUGAAAGCUACAUCAACAAUCAGGACGAGCCUUUGAAAUUAACCAUUGGAUUCAAUCAGUCAAGCAGCUGCAUUGUACGCUCGGCGGUCAGCUGUUAUCAAAUCAAGUCAAAAAUGUCAUUUCCAGCCAAAUGGUUACAUAAUGGAGACAAUACGUUGCGACUUCACCUUCCCUUUAAUGCAACGGACACAGAGACCGCCGUUUUACCCGGGACUGUGUAUGUGCAGUACGAUGCUCUGAGGUUGGAAAUAGAAUAG